GACAUAACAGAGCUUACAUCCAUCCGUAAGAAUAUCAGUUCCUUCUCGAGGUUGACUCAUUCGCGUGUCCCCUCACCCUCACCAAUACUUCCAGCGGAGCUCCUUGACUUUCCACUUUUCAGUGUCCCAUUGUCUUGUUUCUAUCUUUCAUGUUACUCGAGUGAUAGCACUUAUCAACCAUGAAAUUAAUCAUUGCUGGAGCUUCGGGUUUCGUCGGCUCAAAUGUUGUAAGACAGAGCCUCCAGCUUCCAAAGAUCACGACCGUUGUCGCACUAGCCCGACGUCCGAUCGAGAUCCCCGAAACUCAUGGGCUCGGUGCUGAUCCGGCGAAGCUGAAGAGCAUUGUGAUCGAGGAUUAUGAGAAAGUCCCAGAUGAGGCGAUGAAAGAGCUCGAAAAUGCAGAUGCAUGUAUAUGGACUGUGGGUCUCACCCCGUCGAAGGCGAAUGAACUCAACUUCAAAGAGGUCCGUCGCUUAUGCUACGACUCAACUCUUGCCUGGCUUCAGGCUAUCUCGAAGGCCAGGUCAUCAUCACCAACCCAGGAGAUGAAGCCACUUCGCUUCAUCUACGUGAGUGGAAGCAAAGCUGAACGCGACCAAACUAAACGCCCCUUCUACCUAGGCCAAUAUUCGCUCUUGAGGGGCGAAGUUGAAACCGCGAUUUUGCAGUUCGCACAGCAGCACAAAGAACAUGUCGAAGCUUGUAUCGUGAAGCCGGGAUUGAUCAUAUCGCCAGGAGACACACUGAGGCAGGCCUUGGGCUUCGUUCUGAAGUGGACAACUUUGGGAGCUGUUGAUAUAAGUGAUUUUUCGGCAGCCAUGCUGAGCCAGGCCACCGACGGUAUUGAGAAGGACACACUCCAGAAUGAUGAUCUGGCGAGAAUCGGCAAAGGUAAGUUCUAAGUCAGGAAGAGAAGUGAUGGACUGUAAAGUUAGACGCAGUUCAGGGGUGCGACCCAACUACUACUCCCUCCGUUAUAGUCAAUGAAUUUGAGAAUAUCAUUC